GUUGACAAUUUCUUGACCAAUUUAUCUGCAGAUGUACGUCUUGUUGGCGGUCCAUCUCCCGAUAAAGGGACAGUACAGAUAAUGCAGGAUGGUCAAUGGGAGACAACAUGUGGACAGAAUUUUGAUAGCAAUGACGUCAUUGUCAUUUGUAAGCAGUUGGGGUACACGGGGGCAAAUAGAGCAAUAAAAAGCACGCCAUAUGAACAGGAUUCAACUCCACCCACAACAGGGCUAGGUUGUAAUGGUGAUGAAAUCAAUUUAGCAGGGUGCGUAUUGCAUCAGGCACCAACUUGUCAAAGCGCUGGAGCAGCUUCAUGUCAUGGCGAAAAUUAUCUUGGAUGUUAUGGUGACAAACGUUUUGACCGAGUUUUCCCUGGCGAUAAUUUACUUAGUGAGCCAGAUAUGACUAUAUCCUACUGCAUCCAGUACUGCAACGCUUCAUCCACAUUUAACUAUGUAUACGCGGGCGUUGAACAUGGCAAUGAAUGUUACUGCGGCGAAGAAGGUGAUAACUACACUAAGCAUGAGGUAGCAUCAGACAGCAGCUGUCAAACUGCAUGCCAGGGGGACGAUACCGAGAGCUGUGGCGGUUCAGGAUACAUAGCUGUCUUUAGAAUUCCUAGUCCGUCUACAGCGAGCCCAGAUGUAAGUCCUACCAUCUCCAUGGGAACGGAGAGUGACACCCCAACAACAGCACCUCCAAUUACGACAGCGAUGAGCCAGUCACCGGUAGUCCGUCCCAGGAAGGGUGGCGAUGGUGGUGAUAUAGGAUUAUACGCUGGUGUCGCCGGCGGUGUGGUUGUGGUCAUAAUCGUCAUCGUUAUUGUUGUGGUUCUUUGUAUGAGAAAACGAUCUCGAAGGCAAACAAAAGUACCACAUUCACACGGCAUGACCAUGGUGGAACCUUCAAGCCCGAACCGCACGCAGGAUAACCUCUACCACGACAUGUUCGUAGACAUGACAGAUGAAUCCCUACAUGCUCCCCCUGAAUCUUCCACGGAUAACGAUGUUACCUAUUACUCUUCCAUGACGGACCAAGAACAGCCAGGAACAGAGGAUACCUACUAUUCAUCUGUAAAAGAGCAAGGAAAUACGGAUGUACCUCAGAGACAAGAUGGCGGAUCGCCUGAUAAUGAAACAGCUCGGCUGCCACCGAAUGGCGGCAGUCACGAACUGUACGCCAUGCCGGACAAGACGACGAAAAUCAAGCAGCAAGAGGAUUUUGGCGCGCUUUACGCGAAGCCUGACAAGACGGGGAAGAGUAGCGACGGACAGGCUCCGGAAGAAUUCGCCGCGCUGUACGCUAUGCCCGACAAGAGCCGAGGAGCUCCGGAAGGUCGCGAGGAUGUCGCUGCAAACCCAGCAGGACUGGAAAAUAGGGAAAAUACCGGGGAGGGACCCUACACAUUGGCUGAUAAUGACGAUACAGGACUUUAUGCCAUGUCCACUGCGCCGGGACAUAUAGUCAGCGAAGAUCCGGAUGAAUAUGGCAUUGUCAUGGUUGACAAUGAACUAUAUGCAAUGUAAGCUCGUCAUUUUGUGACACCCUCGCGAGAAUAAGUAACAACUGAACAUAUACCCCACCAUGUUGAAGCCAAGUCCAUUCAACCAGCAUUACGUUUAUUUGGAUCAAUGUGGAAAACAUACUUGUAAUGUCCUUAAUAGGAGAUGGUACACACGUUUUUAAAAGCUUUCAUUUUUUUAACUACUGUAACGAAUCAAUGAUAAUCACAUGGGCAGUGUAUGCACAAGAAAGUCCAAAAUGUCACAUAACCAAUUUCCUUUUGCACUUUGUCAAUGAAAUGAUUUCAAUUAUCUUAUUUUAUAUACAUUAGCGCAAACAUGGUGGUGACUCCGACAGGGUGCCCCGCUGUCCAUCCGUGUUCUACUGUUUGUCCACAGCAAGUGUACAUUACAUGGAACAUAAUGCAAAAUCAGCUUUACUGUGUAAUUUAUUACACAUUUUAUUACUAUGCUUAAAUCAUCAUGUACACUGUAUCAAUACUAUGAACGUAAUAUAAUAGCUGUAUUUAUCUAACCAUGAGCUUUUAUUUUCAAGGAAAUCUACAGGUAUUUUCUUGUAAUGAAUGAUUUUACAUUUUUACUUCUUUUUAAAUGAAAUUCUUCUAAUUGUGUUUUCUCAACGUUCUUUCAUCGUUCACACUAUUAUGCCCUGUUUUUAUAUAUUUAUAUUUUUAUAUGAACUUGAAUGUUGGUGCUGUAAUGAAUCAAGUAAGAAAGUAGGGAAAUAUAUCUUUGCCAUGUUCACAUCAAAUUAUUUUUAAUAUAAGCUGAGGAAUAAAAAAACAGAGUAAUGAUUUUUAAAAUCAUUUUUAUUUUUUGGCAUCUCAUAUGAAAUGAAAUGGAAAAUGAAAAGUAAGCUACAACGAAAGAUAAUUUCAGUUAAUUGCCAACUUUUGAUGGCUAAUGGUUAACUGAAUGUGGUUUUCACAGAACUAUGUUAUGUAAGAAUUGUGUGGUCAUCAUAUUUUGGAUGCAUAUGUGAAGUAUUUAUCAUUUUCUUGAGGAAAUUAUCAAUAAAUCUAUUGUCAUUAAUGAAUUGGCGCCAAUAACCUCCGUUGACAUGGUUUCUUAUUUAAUUUUUUCUUAGAAUAAAAACAAAUGGAAAGGCGUGAGGGUGGAUUUCCAAAUUAACGAAAAAAGAAAGACAUUAAAUUAUCAAAGCAAUAACGACUUUUGUAAGCUUACUACAUUUCUAUUUGUAAGUCCUUGCCAUUAACGAAGCCUUUCUAAUUUCAAGUAAGUGAUAAAGUUAUGUUUUUAGUUUACUAACGUUAGUAUGCUUAUUUAGCCUCUAGUAUACCUUUGCGAAUAGGUCAUGACUAAAGUAAGCUUACUAAUUUGAUGUACUUGCCAUGCAUACUAGUAAGUCUGAAGUUAGUGAUGCUUUAAGAAUAUGGCCAUGUGUUCGGUAAAUAUUAUGAGUCGCUAUUUUCGCUAUCUACUGUUGAAAAUGACAAGGACUCAUGUUAGGUAUUUAUUAUCGUGCAUAUGAUCAUUGCAAUUAUGAUACAAGUUAUAACUCAAUCACUUGCGGAUCCAGGGGAGGGGGGCACGGGUCGGCUGUGCCCCCCUUUUUGAGAAGCAAAAUAAAGAUUUGUAAUGUAAAAAUGCCAUUAGAACAAAAGCAUGCCCCCUUUUGAAAGUGAAGGCUUUUUUUUUGCUCGUCCAAUUUUUUCGGUGACGAAAUAUCAUUCAUUUGUGGUUAAAAACCUUUUAUAUAUAUAUAUUUUUUUUUGCUUGUCAAAUUUUCCCUCGGAAAAAUGUGCCCCUCUUUUCGAAAAUCCUGGAUCCUCCCCUGAACUCAAUGACUAUUUAUUGAUGUGACAACCAUUGGCGAUAUAUUGAGAGAGCUGUGAAAUCACAUUUUCUCUAUAAAAAUAAUUGUGUAGGCCAUGAAAAUAUUGACCGAAGUAAAAUACAACAGAGUUGAUAUUCACCUUCGUUUAUGUAAGUAUAGUGGCGGCAAAGAUUGAUAUUUGCAUUGCACUGCACAUACCUUAUUUAUCAUCUUUAGAUUAUUUUUAUCUCUAAUGAGGUAAAGUUGUAUCGGCCUGUGCUGAAGUUGCUAUUCAUAAGUGAUAUUAAUUGAGAAUCUAAGCGUCGGCUUUGUUGGCACCUCGAUCGCAAUCCUCGAUCAAUUAUUGUUAUGUUUGAAACAAAGCCAGUAACCUGAUUGGUAGCAUUGUACUAGCUUUCAAUCAGAUAAUGAUAAUGAUGAUGGUAAUAAUCAUAUUAAUAAUGAUGAUGAUAAUAAUGAUAAUAUUAAUAAUUAAAAAUUCGUGUCAAAUCAUAAAAAAAA